GAGAAUAAAAAGAGAAACAAAAUUGCUGCGCAGAAAACAAAUGGGCCACACCUUGAAUUGUUCAACUUCGGCUUCUUAAACCCUUUCUUCGUAAAAAUGAAUUUCCGAGACUCUUCUACUUCUCACCCAUCAAGGUUUCAUUUUUUAGUAUCCAACUUUCACACUCAGCUUGACUGAUGGAUGAGGUUCUUGUUAAAUUGUGUUUAGUGUUUCUCAAAUUGUCUCUCGUUUUCCACGUGUGUAUUGUUGUAACCAUAACUCAUAAGCUUGACUGAUGGAUGAGGUUCUUGUUAUAAAAUUCCCAAGAAAAUGGGGAAGGUUCAAGAUUGGAACUUCGUCAGUCAAUCCUUAGUCAUAGGUUCUGAAAUUACGAUACUUCUUGGCUCUUUCGAUUGUGACUGAGAGCUUAAGUGUUUGUGUAAUUGACACUUGACAGUUAAUGUAGUUUGCAGUUAAUGGUGUUAUCGACAUUUGUCUGUUAACAUAGUUUGUUGAUAGUUACUGUAGUUUCAUUCUCAGGCCCUUCUUAUCCGGUUAUUUUUGGGCUAUCUGAUUCUUGAAGGGGACAAAGGAUUUUAGGAAUAUGUCUGAAAGCAAUAAAUCACCCAAAAAUGAUCAUCAGUCCAUAAAAUAUUGGUGGAUUCAACAGGGAGGAGCGUCCUCUCAGACGGAUCUUUCGGGGGUAGAUUAUUCGCCUUCUCUUUCCAACAAGGAGAAUAAGCAACAGUAUGGAAGUUGUCAACCUACGUCCCCUCAGAUACGGAGCACAGCUCAGCUCAUCUCUGCAAUAGGUCAGGUAUGCGAUUCUGCAAGUCAAUCGCUUUCGGUUUUACUCCCAAAGGAAAAUUUGAAUCAGGAUGAUGACAGAUUCUCAAAAGAGAAAUUUCUGGAUAACAUUGGAGAGAGAAAGAAUAACCUGGUGUAUACUUCGAAUGGCACUAAAUUCUAUCCUCUUACUGCGGGUGCUGCAAAGAUUGUGCGGGAAAGAUUGGAUUUUCCUAAGGUAAUGCAGAAGAUAUUAGUGUCUGAAUCUCCUAAUGAAAGUCAAGAUUAUAUCCAUUCUUUAUUCCAGAGGUUUUCAAAGGCUAGUGAUAAAAUAACAAAUAAAGACUGUAAGAGAAUGGAACUUGCGAGGGAGGAAAUGUCAUUUAAAUCUGGAAAUGUAUAUCGGUGGGCAUGUAGAAAUGCUGUCCGGAUGCUAAAUUGUCAAAUGAAUAUUACCCAGCCUGAGAACCUGGAAACUAAUUCAUCAGUUUCUGGCGGUGGCAUUUCCUUACAUACAAGCACCCCUGCAUUGGCAAACGAGGAGAGGGAUGUUUGCAAUUCAAUCACACACCAAAGUAAAUCAUUGACCAAUGCUGCAAUUCCGAACACAAGAAUAGUUAGCCCACUGAGUUCAGACUAUUUUCUGCAAGCUGUACCCCAUGCUAAGGCAGAAGUUGGUGAUUAUCAGAAACUUUCUUCUAGUAUCUAUGCGGACUGUCACAGUAACAGUUUAGCUUCAUGUACUUGUGCUUCUGAGCAGUGCCAACAUGGCAUUGAUGAAAAUGAAUCACUGGAAGUCCAAGGAAGGCAUUUGUUGGAUAUAACUAAUGAUGAACCUAAGCUUCAGACUUUCUCUGCAACCCAUCCGAAGCCUUGUAAUUCCCAAGCCAAGCCAGAACAUGCUUUUUCUGGGGCGUUAGCUGGUGUAUGUGUCAGCCUUUGUCUGCAUCCUGUUGACACAAUUAAGACAGUUAUUCAAUCAUGCCGUGCUGAACACCGGUCCAUCUUGUACAUUGGCAAAUCAAUUGUUUCUGAUAGAGGUUUGCUUGGACUAUAUCGUGGAAUUACCACAAAUAUUGCAUCUUCAGCUCCAAUUUCUGCAGUUUAUACCUUUUCCUAUGAAUCAGUCAAAGCAGCUUUGCUUCCUUAUCUUCCAAAGGAGUAUCAUUCUUUUGCCCAUUGUGUAGGAGGUGGUUGUGCAAGCAUUGCCACAUCUUUCAUUUUUACUCCUAGUGAUCGAAUAAAGCAGCAGAUGCAAGUUCAUUCUCAUUAUCGCAACUGUUGGGAUGCAUUGGUUGGAGUUAUCAGAAAUGGGGGUUUUACCUCCCUAUAUGCAGGUUGGAUAGCUGUACUAUGCCGGAAUGUUCCACAUUCAAUUAUCAAGUUUUACACAUAUGAAAGUUUGAAGGAAGUGAUGCCACCAAGUGUUCAACCCAACACAUUUCAAACUUUAGUAUGUGGAGGAUUAGCUGGAUCUACUGCUGCUUUAUUCACAACUCCUUUUGAUGUGAUCAAGACUAGAUUACAGACACAGAUUCCUGGAUCUGCAAAGCAAUACGAUAGUGUGCUCCACGCCCUCCAAAAAAUUAUUGAGGGUGAAGGUGUGAAAGGCUUGUACAGGGGGUUGAUUCCACGGUUGAUUAUGUACAUGACGCAAGGAUCACUGUUUUUUGCUUCAUAUGAAUUUUUCAAAAGGGCAUUUUCUCUUGAAGCAUCACAUCUCACUGAUUUAUGCGUCCAGGCCAAUGACAGAGAUGCUGAGAGAGAGACAACUAGGAAGUAACAAGUUAGUGUGUUCCAGCGGCAGCUUCCCCAAAUGUUAAUAGUUUGUAUUCUUGGUAGCUAGAUAGUGUAAAAGAAGUCUGUAUGAGUGUGCCACAAGCAGUAAUGUUGUUCAUAAACUGUAUAUUUGAAGAAUAAUUUGAAGAUCUUGUGUUGUAUCAUCAUUCAUAUGAACAAUUUACAAAAUGUGUUUCCAUUUUUCAA